GUGGAAAUUUUUCAUUCCAAGAACAACUUUGAAACCGUUAACUCUACUGAAAUCGUAAGCAAUGGCUCGUACCAAGCAGACCGCUCGUAAAUCCACCGGAGGAAAGGCUCCUCGCAAACAGUUGGCCACUAAAGCUGCUCGUAAAAGUGCUCCAGCUACCGGAGGAGUCAAGAAGCCACAUCGUUAUCGGCCAGGAACCGUCGCUCUGCGUGAAAUUCGUCGGUACCAAAAGUCGACUGAAUUGUUGAUCCGUAAGCUUCCAUUCCAACGUUUGGUUCGUGAGAUUGCUCAGGAUUUUAAGACCGAUCUUCGCUUCCAGAGCUCGGCUGUUAUGGCUCUGCAGGAAGCAAGUGAAGCUUAUCUGGUCGGAUUAUUCGAAGAUACCAAUCUGUGUGCCAUUCAUGCCAAACGAGUGACCAUUAUGCCGAAAGACAUCCAAUUGGCUCGUCGUAUUCGUGGAGAACGCGCCUAAGUCUGACCUAUCUGACCUCAUUCU